UAUAAAUAUCCCAUCAGGCUCUGGGAUGAUAUCAGUUCUCACAGUGCAACGUUAUCAACGCCAUCAACAUGAACAUGAUCGCAGUUGUAGCUGUGCUUGGUCUGGCCGCCGUCAGCCUUGCCAGGCCUCAAGUGAGCAACACGACACCGAUUCCAAUUAUUUCUUACAACAAUGAAGGCGUGAACUUCGAUGGAUCUUACAAAUGGAGCUACGAGACAGCCAACGAGAUACAGGCUCAGGAAGAAGGUUACGUGAAGAACCUUGGAAAUCCAGAACAAGAGACGCAAUUUGCUCAAGGCGGGUACCAGUACACGGCUCCAGAUGGCACUCGUAUCAGCCUCACGUACACGGCCGACGAGAACGGCUUUGUUCCGCAAGGCGCUCAUCUGCCGACACCACCCCCAAUCCCCGAGGCCAUCCAGAGGGCACUGGAAUACAUCGCCGCCCAUCCUGAAGAGAACGAAGCUGGAGCCUACAGUGAUUCUCAACCUGGUUCGAAGCCCGGUCGACAAUACUGAGCUGCCUCAGUUAUAAAAUGCACAUCGUGACUUGACUGUGCAGACACUGGAAAACUAAAAUAACAAGGACAGUCUCAUAGUUGGGUACUGUUAGUUGCACUUUACAAACAUCAAAGCAACAAUGUUCAUCUCACUGCGUUGCAACACCCAUCAUACAACUGUCGUCCAAAUGUGGCAUACCGUAGUUAUUUAUUUUCAACACUUUUCAUGCAUUAUGACUAGUUUGUCAUAAUAUAAACUCUUCAGAAGAAUGUUAAUAUAUUUAGGUAAAGUACACAU